AUGACUGGGAAGCAAGACGGCAAGAAGCGGAAACAGCCCAACCUGAACGACUCUGAUUCCACAGCCGAUGACCCCUCUUUAUCAUCGAGAUUGAGUCGUCGACAGCACGGGGAGCUGCUGCCGCUUCCACGGUUCAACUUCUCUGUGCCCGCGGAGUCGGUGGCGCAGGUGUUUUUCUUUCGGCACUAUUCUAUUGCGGGCGCGGGCAGCCUCUAUGCGGUGCAAGGCGCGGCACCGCUGCCGACGGUGAAGAUGCUGGGGAUACUGGCCGUUGGGAUGGCGGGCGUGGCGAAUUCCGAGAGGGAUCAUGGGGUGAUGGCGUUGGCGAGGGCAAAGUACGGGUCGGCGCUGCAUUCGAUCAAUGAUGCUAUUCGGGGGCGGGAGGAGGCGACCGGGGAGGGGACGGUGGCGGCGGUGGUGCUGAUGGCUAUGUUUGAGAUGAUUGCGUGUCAGGAGAGGUCGUCGCUCGAGGCGUGGAUUUGCCAUAUCCAGGGGGCUGCGACGUUGAUACGGCAUUGGAGCAAGGAUGACUGGAAGAGGACUCUUAACGUGCGGGCCUUUCUUCACUUCUUUUACUUGCUGGCGAUGGGUUGUCUCAUCAGUCGCAUACCCGUUCCUACUCACAUCCAAGAGCUUGCUCGCUCCUCUCCCGCCUUCAAGUCAGAUAUACAUCUCUUACCCGCAAAGCAACUAUUCAGCAUAAUAUGCAGGUUCGCAGAUCUACAUUCAUCAGAUAACAUCAACCAAGUCACCCAAAUCACCGAAAAUGUCUCCACAGCCAUGAGCAUCGAAGAAGAGCUGCUCUCAUGGGAGACACAUCUCCCCGAUACAUGGCGAUAUUCCGAUCCCGACAAGGCCCAUGGAGGUUCUUGUCAUGUUUACGCAUGCGCCUGGCAGGCGUACCUGUGGAACCAAUACCGCAUCUGUCGAAUCCUUGUACAUGCCGUGCUUUUACGAUAUCUGGAUGCCCUCGAUGUACCUGUCAGGCAGGCCCAUCCCGUGCUGAUGGCGGCGUAUGCCUCGCAGCAGGAAGCCUCACGUGGCAUUCUAGCGACAAUGAUGCUUGGCAUUAGAGCCAGUGCGUCGUAUAUCCUCGGCCUGUAUGAGAAGACAAAGGGGAGCAAUGCUUUAUCGCCUGAGCAUUCGGGGGUGUUUGGGCUGCUAGGCUCGAUGCAGGCUUUGAUAGGCGUGGUGGAAGUCGGCGGUGAGGAUGCUGAUUGGUUGUGUGAGAUGCUUGAGGUUAUGGGGAGUCGAUGGGGGAUUGGGCAGGCUUUGGUGUUGGGUAAAUAUCUCAGAGCAAAGAGUUCAGUAUAA